UUCUGUUUGAGAUCAUUAACAUUUAUUUCUAUAAUUUUUCUCCUUAAUAAGUAGCAUCUAGCUCCUGGUUUGAUCACGUCAGAGGCUGGUCCACCCACAGGGAAGAGUUCAAUAUUCUCUUCCUUACCUAUGAGGAAAUGAAGAAGGAUCUCAGAGGCGCUGUGCUGAAAAUCUGCAAAUUCUUAGGAAAGCAGCUAAAUGAAAAGGAGCUGGACACUGUUGUGGAAAAGGCUACAUUUGAUAAAAUGAAAACUGAUCCCAGGGCAAACUAUGAUUCCAUGCAAAGCAAUCUCCUGGAACAAGGCAAAGGACAUUUUCUUCGGAAAGGGACCGUUGGAGACUGGAAGAACACAAUGACUGUGGCACAGAGCGAAAGGUUUGACAAUGUUUUUAAGGAGAAAAUGAAAGACCUGUCUUCCACGUUCAGCUGGGAUAUUAAUGACGACAUAUAGGCUGGUUUCCAGAUGGAAAGAGGUGAAAGCGCGCUAAAGAGAAUGAAAAUACGUUUUUGUCUCCAGUGUUCAUAAAAAUCCAUCAUUCUGUGCAAAUUAAAGAUUUUAAACCUGCAAAAA